UCAUGUGCAGAGGGCGGGCAGACUUUCCACUUUGGCCUCAAGGGGAGAUGACUUCGCAGCUGCCGGCGAUAGCCUGCACCUUCCUGCCCGCUUUCCUCCCUUCCACGUGAUCUGCAGUCAAAUAAGGCUGAGACUUUCGUUUCUUGCUGCUGGGAAAACGGGGCUUUUUAUUUAUUUAUUUAUUUUUUAUUGAGAAGCUUCUCCGGGUAUUUUGCAGUCGGAAAGAUCCUUGUAAGUCAACCCCGCUGGAAAGCGGGCCGAGUGGAGUGGGGGGGAGAAAACGCCUGGCCAGCGAGGGCGUGCGAAUAUAUUGCGGUUCCCCCUUGCAAACAGAAUAUGCUGGCAGAGUUCGAAAGCGAAAGUAAACUUUCUCCGUGGAGGACAGCGACUAUGGCGGAAGAUCAACUUUCAAAAAGUGAGCCUGAACUACUGAAAGAACUAGAAAAAUGGAAGGAAAAGCUUAAAAACCUUGAAAAGCAAAAAACUGAAAUCCUUCUUUCAAAACUUGCCCUUGAUGAGGAAAGAAAAAUGAGGCAAAAGGCGCUGGCAGAUCUACGAGUUCAUAAUGCUAAGCAAGCAACUGAAAGAAUGAGGAUACAGAAGAACCAGGAGGAGCGACAUUCCUUAAUAAAUGAGCAAAAUAAUAAGCUGAUAAAGGAAAUUGAAGUCCUUAAGAUGAAUCUGGCAGCAGAAAAAGAGAAACGUAGAGAAUUUACACGGAGUUUUUCGCUUCAGCAGAGCCUACUUAAAAAAAAAAUGAAGUUUAUGCACCUGGAGGAUGCCAAGGAUGAAGAUGACUGCACAAACAUGUCCUGCUGUUUUCACCUAGCUACAAAAAUCCCACUCACGGUGAACCGAGGAGAAGCUCUCAUUCAGUUUGAAGAAGAAUCUGUUGCUCAGCAUCUGAUUAGAAAACAUAACCAUAUCAUCAACCUGGAAAAUAAGGAGAUUGCUUUGAAAGCCUGCCCUGCUGUUUUGGCGACAGGAACAACAUUUAAGAUCCAAGUUAAGCUCUCUCAAAGGGAAAUUUAUGUUUGUAACAUCCCAAAUAUAAACAUUCCUGAGGAAUGGAUGAGAGAGAAAUUGGAGCUCCUUUUCUACAAAGCAAAACUGGGUGAAAUUCAGAAGAUAUUAUAUAAUCCAUUCUUACAAGAGGCCAAAGUUAUCUUUUGUCAACCUAUAGCUCUUAAUAAAAUAAUAAGGCAUGGACAAUACUGUAUCAAUGUGUUUGGAAAGACUCAUUUUCUCACUGUUUCACCUCUCAAAAAAUGCGAUGUGGAAAAUGUUCAGAUGUUUUCAGGGAUUUCCAAGAAAGCUGUACUAUUAACAGGAAUCAAUGCAGAACAGAAAGAUGAGGAGAAUGUGGAAGACAUGAUUGAAAUUCACUUCCAGAAACCCAGCAAUGGAGGGGGUGAAGUGGAUCGAGUGACCUAUAUUCCCGAAGGAACGAAAAUUGCUUAUUUUGAGAUAGAUCAAGCGGAUUUCAUAUGAGAGUCUUGAAGAUGUAGACUGGCUCAGCUUCCAAUUACACCAAGAGUUUACUAAUUGAAUACUAAACCUGCAGUUGUUUAGGAGUGAAGCUGCUUGUAAUGUAGAAGCUUCAAACACCUUUGAAGACCUAUUUAAAGCUAUGUUCAAUUAAAAGUUCCUUGUUUCAGUUGUUUUUUUUUUUAAUGUUGAAAUCAGGAGACUUAAUUGGUGAUCUAAUCGCAACUCACAUCAGUGUUUAUAGCGCAAAUAGUCAGUACCAACUGCAUUUGGCACAAUUGCAUGAUGGCAAUUUCUGUGGCCUAGGAAUAAAGGUGAUUUUAUGCUCUACAAGUUA